UGUCGGCCUUUAAUAAACAGUGGGUCAAAGUGGUGGCGAGUCUUCGUGUAUAACAUUAUUUGACUUAACUACAUUACAAGUUUGAAGUGUAAAUGUGAAAUUUUAGUGAAGCGCCAAACACAAUCAAAUAAAAAAUGUCUGAGAGAAAAAGAUCCAGAGAUCACGAGAACAGAACCGACCUCAAACGGCAAAAGGAAGAUACAAAGCAUCUGGACAGGGCUGUAAAGAAACAAGCUAAAAAACUGAACCAGCAAGUACAGCAAAUCAAACAUAUCGAGACCUUUUAUGAGAAGCCCCCUCCUGGUCUGAUAAAGGAGGACGAUGACAAACCUGAGGACUGUAUACCCGACUCUCCAGGCAACCAAGAUGCACGGGAAUUUCUGGCCCAUGCGCCCACUAAAGGGCUCUGGAUGCCUCUUGGCAAAGAAGUAAAGGUCAUGCAGUGCUGGAGGUGUAAGCGCUAUGGCCAUAGGACAGGGGACCGGGAAUGUCCAUUUUUUAUCAAAGGAAAUCAAAAAUUGGAACAGUUCCGAGUUGCACACGAAGACCCAAUGUAUGACCUAAUUAGAGAAAACAGGCGCUUUGAAAAGGAAACCAGGAUACAGCAGUUACAGCAGCUGCUGGAUGACACCACCUCAGACUCGAAGUGCAGUAGUUCCAGUUCUUCAGACUCGGGCAAACACAAAAAGAAAAAAAAGAAAAAGAAAAAAAAGAAAAAAGAGAAGAAAAAAAGGAAGAAGAAACAAAAGCACAAGUCCUCCAAAUCGAGCAACAGCUCAGAUUCAGACUAAGAGCUGAAACAGUUCAGCAAGCAGAAUGCAAGGAAAAGGUGCUGGGCUCUGAGCUGAGAAGUUUCCUCUGAUAAUGUUAUGAGUAUAAUGAAAGCCCAAGGCAUCUUUCUGGCAGUUUGUCUUUUCUGUUCGUACCAGGAGUAGUGGCAGACAGCGCAAGCCCUUUUAUCUUUACUCAGUGAGUGCAUGUACUUUUCAGCUUUGUUAGUCAGUAUCCAUUAUUAAUCUGGAUCUAGACAAUAACAUGCAUUGUAUUGGUUGAUUAGAAUUCUGUAUAUUAUACCUGUAAGUAUCUUUACUGGCCAUCAAAAGUAAUGACUAUGUCUGUUAUAUGUUUUUCAUUUUUUACACAAGAGUGUAUGCUGUUAAUCUAAUUUAUUUUUAAGAAACAUUUGAUGUUGAAGUUUGGUUUUCAUUAUUGGACACCCCUUCAGAUUUCACAAACUUUUUUUUUUUUUUUUUUAGUUUAAUUAGUCAGAGAUCUAGGGGAAAGAUGAAUGUAAUAACCAUUUGGCUGUUUACAGAUCAAGUGGGAUGAGUUUAGGAUAACAAAAUAUGUGUUAGAAGCAUUAUCUUCCUGAGCUAAAAUGUCAUAUCAGUGCUCAAGCAAAAUACAAUCCUCUUAUUUAAGCAGUGACCUGUUGUGCUACUAAUAUUAGAAUUAAUAGUUGUUUGCACAAAAAAAAAAGUAAAUACAUCAGGUAAUUCAAGUCACAUACAUAUGCACCAAACAUUUUACAUCGAUCUUAAAUCUGAGUUCCUAGACUCCAAAUGAUCUUGAACUACCUAAUGCUAACUUUGGUAAGGUAGUCCCAAGAUUGGUGCUUAUAUGGGUCUGUGACUCCAAACAUAAACGUGAAAUCUGAAAUGCUACACAAUCUUAAUAAGCUAUACAUACAUGCACACACACACACACACACACACAUAUAUAUAUAUAUAUAUAUAUAUAUAUAUAUAUAUA